ACCAUACCCCGUCGCACAAAAUCACAUCCAUUGCCACUAACCUCCCCCGGCCUAGGCCUUGCCAGUCGGCGAGUUCAGUCCUCGCCCUUCACCGUGCACUUUAAAACACCCAAAUUCAAACGCUCGUUUCCCUCUCUAUCUCACCCUGUCUCCACUGAGUGCGUGCGUGCCCAUGUGUGCCAAUUCAUCUCAACCAUAGAGAAAAACAAAAACAGCAGCAAUGCUUCACGAGCUUCUACUCGCGCUCUUGGGCUACACCGGCGACCUGAUCAUCGACGAGCGAGAACAACACAACUCAUCUCUCGCCUCUGAAUCCGACGACCGUCAUUUCAAGCUCGCUCCCGAUAUCUCCUUCGUCGAACGCAGCGAUCGGGAUCUUAUCGAGAGGAUUAUUACCUUAGGUUUUUACUACAGAGAGCUCGAUCGCUUCGCCACCAAGUCUCGUAAUCUGAGCUGGAUAAGGUCCGCGAAUUCCUCUCCUUCGCCGAGGGAUUCUGAAUUUCCUUCGUCGAAGGCGAAACCGAGCGUGUACCGCAGAGCCAUUGCUAAUGGCAUUGUGGAAAUACUGGCGGUCUACAGGUCCGCUGUGCUACACAUUGAGCAGAAACUGUUGGCCGAGACCGUGCCGAUCUUGGCAACAGUGACUCAAGGCCUCAAUAAGUUUUUUGUUCUCAUGCCGCCUCUGCAUGAGCUGGUUGUGGAGAUUGAGCGUGAUGAUAUUCGUGGAGGUCAGCUUCUUAACCUCUUACACAAGCGGUGCCACUGUGGAGUGCCUGAGUUGCAGACUUGCAUUCAAAGGCUUCUAUGGCACGGGCAUCAGGUCAUGUAUAACCAACUUGCUGCGUGGAUGGUUUAUGGGAUUCUUCAAGACCAGCAUGGAGAAUUUUUCAUUAGAAGGCAGGAGGAUAGGGAUGUAGAGCAUGGCUCGUCUCUUCCAGACACGUCUGAGAAGUUUGCGCACUUAUCAACUGAUGAUACAUCUUUAACAGAUUGGCACUUGGGAUUUCAUAUUUCUUUGGAUAUGCUGCCCGAGCAUAUCCAUAUGCGUGUUGCAGAAUCAGUUCUUUUUGCUGGCAAAGCCAUCAGGGUUCUUCGAAAUCCAAGCCCCACCUUUCGGUUUCAGGAUGCUAUAUAUCAUCAGCAGAUGUCAAGAGGCUCUCAGAAAGUUCAAGGAUUUACUGGCCGUUUUCCUUUUCAAAAGGAACCUCUAAUCGAUACUAAACUGAUAGGAGAAGAAUUACUUCCACAAUCUGAGGCUGAUAAGAUUGAAGCUAUGCUUCUGGGCCUGAAGGAAUCAUCUGAGUUUCAUAAAAGAUCAUUUGAGUGUGCUGUUGACUCGAUUCGAACUAUUGCAGCCAGUCAUCUUUGGCAGCUUGUGGUUGUACGUGCUGACUUGAAUGGUCACCUGAAGGCCCUAAAAGACUAUUUUCUUUUAGCAAAAGGAGACUUCUUCCAGUGCUUUCUUGAGGAGAGUCGCCAGUUGAUGCGUUUACCUCCUCGCCAGUCAACUGCUGAAGCUGAUCUUAUGGUCCCAUUUCAGCUUGCUGCAUUGAAGACAUUCAGUGAGGAAGACAAACACUUCUCUAGAGUAUCCUUGCGGAUGCCUUCAUUUGGAUUCACAGUCAAAUCCUCUCAAGUAGAUGCACCAAAGGCAAAUGACCAUACAGAUCGAAACCCACGUUCUGCUUUGUCAAAUGCUUCUGAAAUUUCCCUCGAUGGCUGGGAUGGCAUUGCUCUUGAAUACUCUGUUGAUUGGCCCUUAGAGUUGUUUUUCACCCAAGAAGUGCUCUCGAAGUAUCGCAGGGUCUUUCAAUAUUUGCUGCGGCUCAAGCGGACACAAAUGGAGUUGGAGAAAUCAUGGGCCUCUGUGACGCAUCAAGAUCACACAGAUUUUGCUAAACAACGGAAUGACCGUGUAAAUUGCCCAGUAUCUCAGCAGCGAAGACAGCGGUUUAGACCAAUGUGGCGUGUUAGAGAACAUAUGGCAUUCUUGAUCAGAAAUCUUCAAUUUUAUAUCCAGGUGGAUGUUAUAGAAUCUCAAUGGAAUGUUUUGCAAGCUCAUAUUCAAGAUUCUCAUGACUUUACUGAACUUGUGGCCUUUCAUCAAGAGUAUUUAUCAGCUUUAAUUUCUCAAUCUUUCUUGGAUAUUGGAUCUGUGUCAAGGAUAUUGGAUGGUAUUAUGAAACUGUGCUUGCAGUUUUGUUGGAAUAUAGAAAACCAAGAAAGCAGUUCAAAUACAUCUGAACUGGAACAUAUAACAGAGGAAUUUAACAAGAAGUCAAACUCCCUGUACACUAUAUUGCGCAGUAGCAGGCUUGCUGGUAGUCAACGAGCUCCAUUUCUGCGACGAUUUCUUUUGCGUCUAAACUUCAAUUCCUUUUUUGAGGCAACUGCAAGAGGUGUGCUGAAUGUGGUUAGACCACGUCCAGCAAUUCCUGUUUUAAAUCAACAAUAGCAUUAUUUCACUGUCAAGUCCAAGUUGCUUACUGCCAAAUUCAAGAUUACUGCCAUCUGGCUUAGCUUAAUGGAUCUUGAAGGUGAGGUGUGGAUUCUGGUAGCGGCUACAGGUCUUGUUCUUGCGCUGAGCUUGUUGGUCUUAUGGUAAACUCUAUCCGUUGCCGGUACGGUAGUUGGCCUGUGCUUGUGGGCAUAACGUUGACUCUUUGGUGAUCACUCUAGGCAAUCAAGUGGUGUCACCCCUCCCUAUGUCUCUCCCUCUGUGUAGAUACAAAAUUAAACUAAGAAUUUCUUUUUUUAUUCAUUUAUGAAUACGUGAUUUAUGUAUGUAUAGGAGUAAUUUUCAA